AGUGUCUAUGCGCCUUUGUCUGGGUGUCUCUCAGAUCUAUCAGACAGCUGUACAGAAAGGAUCAGGAGGCAAGAGACAGUCUGCAGAGACAACCCCAGAUCGCAAUCUGGAGAUGUCGGAGUUACAAGAAGUUCAGAUCACAGACGAAAAUGUUCUGCAGGACCCUUUAAAGGCAGCUGAGUUAGCUGCAAAAUUACUGCAAGUACAAGAGCAGAAGCACUCUAUUGAGACUCCCUAUGGGAUGGUGACGGUCACAAUUCAGGGCUCCCCCAAACCCAAGCGUCCAGCGAUAGUAACAUUCCAUGAUGUGGGGAUGGACCAUAAAAUGUGUUUUGAAACACUGUUUAAAAACGAGGACAUGCAUGAGAUAGUGAAGAAUUUCGUUGUGUGCCACAUUGAUGCACCAGGACAAGAGGAGGGGGCAGCUGUCUAUCCUGUUGGGUAUCAAUACCCAUCACUUGAUCAGCUGGCAGAAACCAUCCCUUGCGUGCUGCAGUACCUGAAUUUCCCCAGUAUUAUUGGAAUUGGCGUUGGUGCUGGAUCCUAUGCCCUUGCCAGAUACACGCUUGCACACCCUAAUACAGUUGAAGGUCUAGUGCUCCUUAAUAUUGACCCAAAUGCCAAAGGUUGGAUGGACUGGGCAGCACAUAAGCUUACAGGCUUGACAUCCUCUAUCCCAGAAAUGAUUCUGUCUCAUCUCUUCAGUGCAGAAGAGUUGUCGGGGAACACAGACACUGUGCGUCAAUAUAAAGCAGCCAUCUUAAACUCCCCUAUCAUCAGCAACAACCAACUGUACUGGAACAGCUACAAUAGUCGCCGAGAUUUGAACUUGGAACGUGGUGGAGAUGUGACCCUGAAAUGUCCUGUGAUGCUAGUAGUUGGUGAUCAGGCCCCUCAUGAGGAUGCAGUGGUGGAGUGCAACUCAAAAUUGGAUCCAACACAGACCUCAUUCUUAAAGAUGGCGGAUUCUGGUGGACAGCCACAGAUAACACAGCCUGGGAAACUCGCUGAAGCAUUCAAAUACUUUGUACAGGGAAUGGGAUACAUGGCUUCCUCCUGUAUGACUCGUCUGUCUCGCUCCCGCACCGCCUCCCUAUCCAGCGAGGGGAAUCGCUCACGCUCUCGUACCCUCUCCCAGAGCAGCGAGUCGGGGGGAGGACCAACCGGAACGUUCACGGAGGUGACCUGCUGAGAAGUCGCGACGCGGGGGACAUGUGAUCUCCUCCACUCUGCGUGAGGGUGGAACAGCAUUUUAGCAGAGCUAAUUAUGCUACUUAGAAAACUAAAAACAUACCCAGACUUCACAUGGGAGAUAACAAGAUGUCUGUACCUGUCUUUCUCUCUUUCCUAUCUCCAGAUUUUUAUUGUCCUUUGUUUUCUGAUCACUUUGCCUUUUCUUAUUUUAUACUUACAAUUCAUAUAACUAUGUAAACAAACAAAAAAAAUGCAGGAUUUGGAUAAAGCUUAUUGGGAUAGAUUAACCUGUGUCCCAAAGGGGUAGUUAGAUCUUAAGGCUUCCUUCCUUAUCGUAUACUGUUUUCUGUAUGUGAUUUCUUAUCCUUUAUUUCUAGCUCUCUCAAUGGUCAGGCAGAAUACAGGACAGCUUUUUAUAGUUCCACCUCCAUGUGUCUUUUUAUGAAUCAUUUUGUUACCCUAACAUGCUUCUUUGUUCCCCCUCCUUUGCACAUAAUAGUUGUAGUACGGGGUAACAUCUCCUCCUAAUACUCUAUGCCCAGUAGAAGAGGGGGAGUUAGGAACUUGUGGGGAGAGAUCUUGAAGGUCCAACCACUGGAAUAUACUCACUUUUGAUUCUUGAGGUCACUGUAAAGAUUGCAGCACAAUGGAGAACUUCAGCACAAAAUAACAAAGACCUUUAUGCUACUCAGAAGCUUAGAGCUGCUGUCUGUUACUAAACCAGAUGUCUUUGUACUGGUAGUUGUACUAGUAUUGUAGUAGUAGCAGUGUGGUUAAAGAUUUUUUUUUUUUUACUUUGCAGUAAUCUAAUUCACCCAUCCCCACUAUCACUUGCUCAGGGUCCUUUCCGUGAGUCUUAGGGGGAGGUUUUUAGAACACAGAACUUGCUUUUUCAAUUGUAAAGACCUGUAGAUAAAACACAUUCUAUAUGCUUUUUGUUAUUGCUAAAUCAUAGUGUAGCUUGGUUAGAGAGAUAAAUAGUAUUGAGAUUGCCCCGUGCCUCCAUUUUGUUACUUAAUGGCAUUCUGCCAAUUCCUCCCUGGUUGUAGAUUAAAGCUGGUGAUGGCAAAAGUUGCAGCAAUUUCUGGGCAUGAGACCAAUGGAUUUUGUUAAGGAAC